UUAAAAGGCAGCCAGGACAGGUCUGGGCACCAGUCAGCAGCUGUUGUGCCACAGCUACAUCACCCCACCUUCAGUCAUGGCUACCAAGUACUCCGUAUUGGUCUUGGCCGUUGCCGCCUUCGUCGUGGCUGCUGUCUCGGCGAGUCCGGUAGAACAGCGGUCUGAGGCCCGUCCUUACUGCAACAACGACAGGCUGUGGCGCGAAGAAGCGGUGGUCGAAACCUGCGGCACAUUCUGGGAUGUUCAGUUUAUGGAGGAACCCACUUACAAGUGCGCGUGCCCAGAAUUGGCCCAGUUGUACGGAGUGCUCAGCAGGCGCCAGGUGAUCGACCUCUGUGCUGAACCCGUUGCUGCCGCUGGAUACGACGAUCUGUCCUGGCGAUGUGCCUGCCCGGGUUGUCAGUGAGAAGCUCAACGACCGAAAAUCCUCAACGGCGCUCCCGAACAUCUGUGGAACUUGCACACACUACAUUUUCAUAAAGAAUUUUAUACGUGGAUAAACUUGCAAGAUUUUGUGCAUGCGUGACAUUUCCAUGUGUAAAAAUGCUUAAAUUUGUGCAAAAUGUGGGCACAAUUUUACGCAAAACGGUAUACCAGUUUAAAAUCAUGCAGCACCACGUACAAAAUUAUUACAUAAAAAUUUAGCGUGCACGCCUACGCCGAUGAAGUGCCUCAGAAACGCCAGCAACACCUCUUUCUGCUGUUAAGUGGCUGCGGCACCUUUUAUCUCAAGUGGACAAUGUAACUUAAAGCAGUUUCGGCGUUUGGUGCCAUAAAUAAACACUUUCGUUAAAAGCA